CUAUAAAGUAAUAGUAAUUUGGUAAAACAGAGAUUCCUCCAAAGUUGCAGAGAUCGCCCAAGAAAGCAAAUGAUAGGCUGAUUUUGAUAUAGCUUGAAAAUCUCCGAAAUAGCAUUUGUCGUGAGAUAUAUUUCCCAAAAGGGUCAGUUUCUUCUUACUUGUUCUAUCUUUACCUAAUCACUAUUGUGUAAGUACAUGUAAUUACUUGUAUAAAAUACACACACACACAUAGAUAUUCAGCUACUUCAUCGAAUUCUCUCUGUUCAUCUUCAGCUCCUUUGAUCUUUCCCAUUGAAUCUCAUAAACCCAUUUCUGUUUAUAGACUUUACUUUCUGGGUUUUGUCCUAUUGAAUCUCCUCUGUCCUUUUUGUGACUACCCUCCAAGAAAUUGGGAUUGGGUAGGUCUGAAAUUGUUGAUUUGAUUCUUAUUGGAUCAUAUUGAAAUGGUUUGAUCAUGCUAUAUUGUUGUUCCUUGCGAUUCUUUUCAGUGUGCAAGUUUUGAGAAAUUCUCAAAAUUUAGCCCUAUAUUGCAGAAUUGGGAAAUUCCCAAUGUCUCAUUGAUCAGGCAUGAAUUUUGGAUAGGAAGAAGUGUCUUGUGUUCAAUUUAAUUGGGUAGGUUUUAGAUUCUGGUUUCAGGGUUUCUGUUGUGUGCUAUCUAAUAUUAGUAGUAUUAUUUGUGGUGUUAGCGGCUCUUAUAUGCUAUGGUAGACUGUAAAUCUGCAAUUCCAAUGUUGGAAGGGGAAGAAAAUCUGAUUGCUGAUGCCCAGCGCAUCGUUAAGGCAUUGGAGACGAAGAAGAAUUUUACAGAUGAUGAGCGGAAAAUCUUGGCAGAUCUUGGUACCCGAUUGUCCUCCAUGACUAAAAUUAGUGAAAACAAGGAUGAGAUGUGGUUAAGUGAGAUUGAGGAAAGGCUAAAUGUUGUUCAGGAUAAGAUCAUGCAUUGGGAGAUAGAUCAAUCUCUGAUAUGGGACUGUGGCUCUGAAGAAGCUUACGGGUAUGUGAAGGCGGUGGAUGAAACCCGAAAGUUGAUUGAAAGAUUAGAAAGUUUGUGUUUGAGUAGAGAUAGUGACGAGAAUGGGAUAUUGAGAAGGGCUCAUGAUGUUCUUCAGACGGCAAUGGUAAGGCUGGAUGAAGAGUUCAGGCACAUGCUUGUUCAGAAUAGGCAGCCCUUUGAGCCCGAGCACGUGUCUUUUCGUUCAAGUGAAGAAGAUGUUGUGGAUGAGAACUCAUUUGUCUCUUUUGGGGAUGACUCGGUUGAGGAUGUACUUCAGAGGGAUAGUAUCAGCAGAGGCUCAGAGGAAUUCAUCAUUGAUUUGGUCCAUCAAGCUGUGAUUCCUGACCUCAAAUGCAUUGCAAAUUUGAUGUUUGAUUCGAAUUAUGAUCGUGAAUGCAUGCAGGCCUAUAUUAGUGUCAGGAAAGAUGCAUUGGAUGACUGUCUCUUCAUACUUGAAGUGGAGAAACUGAGCAUUGAGGAUGUGAUGAAGAUGGAGUGGGGUUCGUUGAAUUCCAAAAUCAGAAGAUGGAUACGGGCUAUGAAGAUCUUUGUGCGCGUCUAUCUUGCUAGUGAGAAAUGGUUAUGUGACCAAAUCUUUGGUGAUCUCGAUUCAAUUAGUUCAAUUUGCUUUGCUGAGGCAUCAAGGGCUUCAAUGUUGCAACUUUUGAAUUUUGGGGAAGCCAUAGCUGUUGGUCCUCACCAACCAGAAAAGUUGUUUCGUGUUCUUGACAUGUAUGAGGUUUUGGCGGAUCUUGGUCCUGACAUAGAUGCUUUAUACACUAAUGACAUCGGUUCUUCUGUCAGAACCGAGUGCCAAGAUGUCCUAAGGAGAUUGGGUGAUUGUGUGAAGGCGACAUUUCUUGAAUUUGAGCAUGCUGUUGCAUCAAACAUAUCAACAAAUGCUUUUGCUGGUGGUGGAAUCCACCAUCUUACUAGGUAUGUCUUGAAUUACAUGAAGACUCUCACAGAUUACAGUGCGUCCCUCAAUUUACUCCUUAAGGACCCUAAAAUUGAAGACACAGUUUCAUCUUCACCCGACUUGAAUCCAGUUAACGAGGAGGACGACGCGAGUGGAAGCACUUCAAACUGUGUCUCACCAAUGUCUCUUCACUUCCGAUCCCUCAUUUCAAUUCUAGAAUGCAACCUUGAUGAUAAAUCCAAGCUAUACAAGGAUGAUUCUCUUCGUCACCUUUUUUUGAUGAAUAAUAUACAUUACAUGGCUCAAAAGGUCAAGAGUUGUGAGCUAAGAAAUACUUUGGGGGAUGAGUGGAUUCGCAAGCAAAAUUGGAAAUUCCAACAACACGCAAUGAAUUAUGAGAGAGCGACAUGGAGUUCAAUCCUGUCUUUGCUAAGGGAAGAGGGAAUUUACAAUUCCGGUUCAAAUUCCAUAUCAAAGACUCUGCUGAAGGAGAGGCUUCAAAGCUUUUAUGUUUCUUUUGAAGAGGUUUACAAAAGCCAAACUGGAUGGUUAAUCCCAGAUGGACAGCUUAGAGAAGAUCUGCGAAUUUCGACAUCCCUCAAGGUGAUUCAAGCUUAUCGGACGUUUGUUGGAAGAUACACCAAUUAUCUUAGUGACAAGCUCAUCAAGUAUAGUGCUGAUGAUCUAGAGAAUUACAUCUUGGAUCUCUUUGAGGGAUCUCCAAGAUCAUUACACAAUUUCCACAGGAAGUAAGUGAAAGAGAGAGGGAGAUUGAUUUAUCUUAUGAGAUGAUUGUAUGGUUUGUAACAUAAUGAGUCUAAGAGAGUUGUGAUAUCUCUUGUAUUGUGUUUCUUGUGGCUAUGGAAAUUGAUGUUAUUAGCAGACAUUAUAAAUUGUUUGAAUUUUGUAAUUGGCUUUUGUUGCAUCUGUUUGCCUAUUAUCA